AUGGCUACCUCAUCGAUCAUCACGCGCGGCUCCAGCUCCCUUGCCAACUUUACGGUUCGCUCCCGCCCCAAGGUUAAUAUUAUACUCGCCAAUCAAACGGAUGGCUUGGUCCCUUCAUUCACCACCGGCGAUACCAUCAAGGGUACGGUUACCAUCACCGUCGAUCAUGAUACUCGCUUUGAUGACCUAGAAAUUACAUUCGAGGGAACAUCGAGGACCUCGGUGGAGCGCCAAUCGAUGCCCGGCCGGACUGGAGCUUACCAUACAUUCCUCCGACUGCGACAACCCAUCGAUGAGUCCGCAUAUCCCACCCCCCGGGUUCUUGAACCCGGGCGCAACUACGAAUUCCCUUUCACCUUUGUGGUACCUGAGCGUCUACUGCCUCAUAUCUGUAACCACGCCAAAACCAAUCUGCAUGUCGAACAAUCGCACACGCUGCUGCCACCCACGUUUGGUGAUCCCAUGAUAGCCAGCAACCGCAAAUCGGUCAUCGACGACAUGGCCCCCGAAAUGUGCCGCAUCUCCUACCUCGUUCGUGUGACCCUCCAGAGAAAGCCCAUGGCCCAGAACGCCUCGCCGGUUACGCUAGUGUCCGUUGGGAAAAAGGUGCGGGUCAUUCCUGCCGUGGACGAGGAACCACCCCUUAAUGUGGAGGACAAUGAUGGCUUGUACAGCGUCCGCAAAGAAAAGGAUGUGAAACGCGGCUUAAUGAGGGGAAAGCUGGGCCGAUUGGUGCUGGCUGCGGCACAGCCCAAGCCAGUGCAGUUGAGUCCAUCCGACACCGGGAACUGCGAUUCGGUGAGCACCGUUGCCACGAUGCAGCUACGCUUCGAUCCGGUGGGCAACGAACAGCCCCCUCGCCUAGGCACUGUAUGGAGCAAACUCCGAGUGUCGACUUUCUACAGCUCUGAUCCCUGGGGAGAUUAUCCGUCCGCCGCUUGUAUCAAAUCCUGGGCGCAGAUGGGCCGCGCAAUGUACACCGAGACUGUCCCACUGUCCACCAUGUGCGUUGCAUCCGCACAAUGGACCAAACACACCGACACUGAUCUUGAACGCCGUGACUCCAUGCACUCGACCUCGUCUACUGACUCGUUGCCGGGUCCCUCUGCCUCCUUCGCCGGAAACACCUACUAUACCGCGUCGGUCGUUGUGCCAGUCACCCUCCCCAAAGCCAAGUCAUUUGUGCCGACGUUCUACUCCUGCUUGAUCGCGCGCGCCUACGCCCUGGAACUUAGCAUCUCUUACCACGCCGCUAAUUCCAAGAUUCUGACGCCCACCGCAUCCCUGAAGGUCCCACUUCAGCUGACCUGCGAAGCACAGCCAGGCACUGGAGCUAAGGGCACCGUGGUGGACAUCUCCCAGGACGAAGUGAACACGCAGUUUUUCAGCCCGCGCAGCAUUGCGCCCCCAUCUGUCUCCGAGCUCGUCCCUGUUGCACCACCCGCGUAUACGUCUGUCCAGGUUUCCAACCUGCCUCCCGACCGCUCGAGAAUGUUACCACCAUCGGUAACCAACUCCGGCAGCGUUAGAGUUUAG